AUUCUCUGCCACGCGUUUUAUUGUAACGUCAGCGUGAUGCUCACCGCCGAAGCUACGGGGCAGACUGGCGAGGCGCGCCGUCCGAUAAGCAGGCAGUGUGACAAUCUCUGCUGAGUGCGCCUACGAUAACUAACCGAUAAGUGCUAAACGCGACGGGCGCCGCUAUCGCGGACUUAUUACUGGGACGUGCCGUGCCUCGUCAACCUUCUUAUCGGAUAGCGGUGACCAUGGCUACGCCUCGCCGAAGCUGCGACGACAUUGUUCUGCCCGAUUCGCGCAGGAGCUUGCCGCUGCUGCUGCUUCCCGUGGGGUCGCCGCUCGCAGCGACAACGGCCUCUACAGCAGAGAAACGCUUGCGUUGACGAGUCGGCUGACCACCUGUUGUUGCUGCUGCUGCUGCUGCUGCCGCCGCUGCUAUGCUGCUGGUGCCACCACGGUGAGACGAGCGGGCCGCCGAAAGGAGACCCCGAGUUUGGCGGCGUGUUUCUUCUGAGGACUAUGCACUAUCGCCGCUAUGCUUACAACUAUGACUCGGCCGACCUGUUCGCGACGCCCGGCGUGCCGUGGCAAGCCAUCUGCCGUAGCAAGAUGUGCGUCAAGACCUUCUUUUUCGCCACGGCCACUUUCCUGCUGGGCAUGGUGUUCCUCGUCACGAUGCGGCUCUCCCUGCACGACCAGCGGGUCACCGUCGACGACUACGACCUGCCGCCGUCGCUGGACGGCUGGAAGGUGCAGGCCCUGUGUCAGGGACCCCCGCUGGACGUGCUGUUCUUCGUGCACACCGCGUCGGAACACUCGUCGCACCGGCAGUUCCUGCGCGACACCCUCGGCGACCCCAUGGUCAGCGAGCAGCUCAACUCGGCCAUGGUCUUCUUCGUGGGCCAGUCCAAGAACCUCACCGUGAGCCGCGCCGUCCAGGAGGAAGCCCGCAGCGUCGGAGACGUGGUCGUGUUCCCUUUCACGGACACGUACCGCAACCUGACCUACAAGUUCGUCUACGGCCUCAAGUGGGCCACCGACAACUGCCGGGAGUCUGUGCGCUUCGUGGUCAAGAUCGACGACGACGCCCUGGUGAACGUGUUCCUGCUCGCCGACUACCUCAAGAACGUCACCAGCUCGACCGACACGCGCAUCCACUGCCUCGCCUGGAAGCGAACGCCCGUGGUGCGAAAUCGCAAGUCCAAGUGGUUCGUCACCCGCCAGGAGUACCCGGCCCGUACUUACCCGACUUACUGCGGCGGCCUGGGCUUCAUCCUGCCCGUGCGCACACUGCCCAUGCUGUUCAACGCGUCGCGCCAGGCGACGUUCCUCUGGAUCGAUGACGUCUACUCGACGGGCAUCCUGGCCAAGGUGGCCGGCGUGGGUCACGUGCAGCUGCGCCAGUACUACGACCUGUAUCCGAACGAGACGGCGCCCAGCAUCAGGCCCAAGGCCAUGUUCACCCACCUGGGAACGCCCAGCGUUGUCGAGCAGCGGUACAGACUGUGGGACGAGCUGAUGCAGACGCACAACGCGACUUCGAGGACAGAAGGUUCGGGAGGGUAGUGUCUGUGGAGAUUCCUUCCUCCCAGCUGAAUCUUUCGUGUCCGACCUUUGGGUCUGAACCGACCCUAGGGCGAUAUCUCGAAAGGCGACGAUGCACCUGGACUUUCGGAACAGACUGCUCCGGAGGUUACGUCGGGAUACGAGGGUUCCAAAGAUUCGUCUCAACGCCGUGCCCACGAGGCGGUUCUCAGUGUUUGGUGUGAAAGGUUAAAGUUCUCCGGACGCCAGUUCUCGGAAGGUGCAGCGAAAGCUCGGUGGCGAGUUCUUCGUUCCGAAACAGUGAGAUGUCGGCGACUACACUACGCUGAGCCGGGAGACCCCAGCCUCGAAAAGCUGUGCGUGGUGCUCGUUGUCUACUCUGUGCGCGCUAUACGCAGUGUGCUAGGUUUCUGUUCCCCGAAAGAAGCCAAGAUGAGUUCCUGCCAUCGUAUCGUGCGCUGUGCUGAGGUGGAGUGCUUACGUGUGUCGCGCACGUUGAAGGGCUGAAGUGCGGCCGCACGUGAAGUGCCGAAGAGCGCGUCGGCAGCCACUGACGAUUCAUGCGUCUUGCUGUUCACAUAGAUUGUUCAUUUCCUGACGCCCAGAAGGUCAACGCAAGUGACAUGUAACCACGGUCACAACCCACGUAAACGCAUAUCGACUCCGGCAGUCGUGUGUGUCGCGCUCGAAAGAUUGCAACACUGCGCGUUGCUAUAGUCUCUUCAUGGCACAACGUUGUGCUCCUGCAGCCUGCGUCGAUGGGCGAUUUCUGUAGCGCCGAAAAUGUGAUUUUUUUUUUCUGGGCUUGUGCGCUGCCGAUACCUGCGAGGGCAGCGCGCAGUAUGUUGCAUAUUAUGCGGUUAAAGAUGCAGCACUGCGAGACCUUAUUUUCACGCAACGCCAAAGGUCUGCAAAAGUCAGCUGCAGCGUACAUACCGAAUUGACAGUUCGCGAUCAAGCCCACCGCACAUUACUACGUUUUUACACACAGCAUCGGGAAACGUUUCCGAGUCUACACGCAAAGCGUGUUAAGUUAAUGUCCUGCGAACGUUGGUUGUUUUUUGCAAAUGUAGCGCAGAUAUAUUUAUGCCGGUACGUUGUAGUAUUUUGUUCAUAACCUUUUUAUGAGAGUCUACUUCAAACGGAGCUCGACGAUCUCUACUAUGUCGGGAUAAAAAAAAUGAGUUUUCACCGACA